AUGGGUAAGAGUCGGUGAGUGUAUGUGUUUCAUAUGCUGUAACACAGGAGUGAGACUGCGUGUGUUUAUUUUUGGCUCAGUGCGAGCGUGUCGAUGGCUGCCGAUGCGUCGCAAAGGAAAGCUCUGAGAUACCAGCAAACCCUGCUGUAUGGGGAAUAUCGGGAGCAGCUGGGUAAUAUUGCCAGACGGGAGGCCACACGUCUGUUGACUGAAAGGCAAUGGAAGAGGCAUGCCGGCAAUGCCAAGGCAACCAGGAGAGGCCAUGGCCGAGCACAUCAUAACAGUCUGGAUGUGGGGCCCAUGACACCAGGUUUAAGCCCCUCCUCUAUAAAGAAGCCACAUCCCUAUUCCAAAUGCCAGGACUGCCUGUCCCGGAUCCAGAGGUAUAUAGUGACAAAGUUGGGCGAGGACUGGAUCUUCCUGGUUCUUUUAGGCCUCACUAUGGCUCUGGUUAGCUGGAGCAUGGACUAUGCCAGUGCCAAGAGCCUACAAGCAUAUAAGUGGAUGUACGGAGAGCUGAAGGGGAAUGUGGCUCUGCAGUAUCUGGCCUGGGUCUCAUAUCCCAUCAUCCUCGUCGUGUUUGCAUCCCUCUUCUGUCAUCUGGUCUCUCCUCAAGCUAUAGGCUCUGGGAUCCCUGAACUCAAGACCAUCCUCAGAGGUGUGGUGUUAAAAGAGUAUCUGACGCUCAAGGCGUUUGUGGCUAAAGUCAUUGGUCUUACAGCUGGGCUGGGCAGUGGUAUGCCCAUCGGGAAGGAGGGUCCUUUUGUGCAUAUUGCCAGUAUAUGUGCGGCAGUGCUGAGCAGGAUCAUGUCCAUCUUCACUGGUGUGUAUGAGAAUAGUGCCCAUGUUCAGGAUCUGCUGGUGUGUGCCUGUGCGGUAGGAGUGGCCACCUGUUUCGCUGCCCCAGUGGGAGGUGUGUUGUUCAGUAUUGAGGUCACGUCAACAUAUUUUGCAGUAAGGAAUUACUGGAGAGGAUAUUUCGCUGCCACAUUCAGUGCCUUCAUAUUCCGAGUACUGUCAGUGUGGAACAAAGAUUCUGUUACGAUAACAGCGCUGUUUCGUACAAACUUUCGAAUGGAUUUCCCUUUUGACCUUCAGGAACUGCCAGCUUUUGCAAUAAUCGGGAUCUCAUGUGGGUUUCUAGGGGCAUUCUUUGUCUAUCUAAACAGACAAGUUGUUCUGAUCAUGAGGAGACCAACGGCACUUACAAGAUUUCUCACAAAACACCGGUUGAUUUACCCUGGUGCAGUAACACUAAUUAUAGCCUCCUUCACAUUUCCUCCGGGCUUCGGCCAGUUCAUGGCUGGAGAGCUGAUGCCCAGAGAGUGCAUUAAUUCACUGUUUGAUAACUUCACAUGGACAAAGAUCUGGGGUUCACCAGCUCCACCUGGAUUGGGUCUCUCUGCUGCCUGGCUCCACCCACAAGUCAGCGUCUUUGUCAUCCUUCUCCUCUUCUUCAUCAUGAAGUUCUGGAUGUCUGCAGUUUCUACUACAAUGCCGGUCCCUUCUGGAGCCUUCAUGCCUGUUUUUAUAUUGGGAGCAGCAUUCGGCCGUUUGGUGGGUGAGAUCAUGGCCACGCUGUUUCCGAACGGAAUUCUGUUUGAUGGGAUUGUGUACCAAAUCCUGCCUGGAGGCUAUGCAGUGAUAGGGGCAGCUGCAAUGACAGGAGCCGUCACACACACAGUUUCAACAGCAGUCAUUUGUUUUGAACUGACGGGUCAAAUCUCGCACAUCCUGCCCAUGAUGGUGGCCGUGAUUCUCGCCAACAUGGUGGCACAGGGUCUACAGCCUUCUCUUUAUGACUCCAUUAUUCAGGUCAAAAAGCUGCCCUAUCUUCCAGAGCUCAGCUUUGGCCACAUCAGUAAAUAUAAUAUCUUUGUGGAGGACAUCAUGGUGAAGAAAAUAAAGUUUCUGUCACCUCAGUCCACUUACAGAGAGCUGAAAGAUCUCCUGGAGUCCAUGUCUCUCAAAACCAUCCCUCUCGUCGACUCCAAAGAGUCAAUGAUUCUAUUGGGCUCCAUUGAGAGAUGUGAACUUCAGGCCGCCUUGGAUUGGUCCCUCUCAGCUGAGAGGCGGGUUUAUAUCCGAGGUGAGGGCGUGACCAGCCCUGGGUCAAAGGUCAACUGGGAGUCCUUCGCCUUUGUGGAUGAGGAGGUUGGAGAGGAGAAUGGAGACAAGGGUAACACAGUCUCUGAAGAGUGUAACGGCCCACUGGGGUCCACCAAAACCACAGACAUCUCCACAAAUCACUCCACACCUGCAGGUGCCCUACAGUCUGUGAGGAGGACUCUUCGUCGUCUUUUCUCCUCAUCUUCCUCAUCAGGGCAGACUGAGCUGGAGAGCCCUGCAGCUCCUCCUGUAGUUGAUAACAUGACUCCUGAAGAGAUCAAAGCCUGGGAAGAGGAAGAGCUGGAUAAGCCCAUUGACAUUGAUCAGAUCCGUGUUGACCCCUCACCUUUUCAGCUGGUGGAGAGAACAUCUUUGCAUAAGACUCACACCCUGUUCUCUCUGCUGGGUCUCAGUCAUGCGUAUGUAACUAGUAUUGGUAAACUGGUUGGGGUGGUCGCACUAAAAGAGCUCCAGAAAGCAAUCGAGGGUUCGACUCGUAGUGGUGUGCGACUGCGUCCUCCUCUGGCCAGUUUCAGAGACGCCAGACGCAAGGCCAAAAAGCCUUCGCGUUCCCCUUCCAUCCCAUCCUCUCCCACACGGGACAGAGAGCUGUGGAGCGAGAGUGUGAAAAGAGAAACUAAAGACAAGUCCGCUGAUAGUUGUAUCCAGACAGACGUCAAAGAGUGUGAUAUAGCCACAGGCAGCAGCAGCAGAAGUAUCGCCAGCACCUCUCAGGAGCAACUACCUUCCCCUUCUUCUUCCACAGUCCCUCUCUCCUCUCGUCAUUCUGUGCCUGAAGGAGAGGUGGAUGCUGCUAGAGAGAGUGAUGAGGAGCCUUUAUAGGCCGAUUGUUUGUCAUUUUCUCAAAUUCAGCCCUCCGGGGGGAUGCAAACCAAAUUAUGGUGCCGACUUUGGGCCCAGCACAAGAGCUGCACCUUCAGACUUGAUGAUUGAUUUUCUACUCUCGACUCUACAGGACUCUCUAUACUCUUUCUUUCUAGAGGUUUUUUCACUUGUUGUCUAUAUAUUUGUACAUAUGGACAGUCGGUCUGACACAUCUCACUGAAUGUCUUCUCCUUCUUUGCUAGUCGAUCCCGUGUUUGUCUGCUGAACCUGAUAUUAUAUCUGUAAAAAUGAAAGAUUUGUUUCCUUAACAAUUGAUUUGUAUUUGAUCUGAUCCUUGUCUUGGUAUAACUGAUAUUUCUUUUUAAUUGUAUAGAUGUGAAAUUGAAAACAAUAUUUCAGGUUCAAUACAAGUUUAACUCAGUUCAGUGCUAAUGUUAGCUAUAACUAAGAUUAUUUUAAAUUAUGUAAAUUGAAAUGAAGCUGAAACGAUAUAUAUAUAUUAUUAGAAGUUUAAGUCAAAUGAAGUUAAAGUUCUAGAAAGUUCUAGGUUACAGUUGUUGACAUUAAUGAACUAACAAUGGAAAAAUACUUCUAAAACAUUUAUUAAUCUUAACGUUAAUUGCCACAUUUAUUAAUGCAUUAUUAAAAUCUAAAGUUUUAUCUUUUAAUGUUAUUUAAUGUACCUGAGCUAACAUAGGGUAACAAUGAACAGUUGUAUUUUAAUUAACUAAAAUAAACAAAGAUUAAUAAAUAUUGUAGCAAAUGUGUUGCUCAUUAGUUAAUGCAAAUAUUAUUAGCUAAUGGAACCUUGAUUAAAAUUAAAACAAAAAUGAAAAAUAAUUAUAGCUAUAAUAAAAGCUAUAAAUGCUAUUAUAGUAUGUACAUAAUACUAAAAUAACACUGGCUAAAUUGAAAACAUUUGUUACAAUAUUGAUUAGAACAACAUCUGUCCUUUGUUUUCUUUAAAUAAGCAAAAAUCAUUGUUAAUCAAUCUAUUUUUUGGGAGGGGGUGUGGUUAAAAGUAAAAAAGUGAAGGUUUUAGUUUUAUAAAAGCACUUACAUUAAUUCUUCUGUGAAAAUGUGUGAAUAUUUUAAUAAAUACAACUGUAAAGCUGUUUAAAUCAUAAUUGUUAUCAUCGUUUUAGGGUUUGUGUUUAUAGAAUUACAUUGUCAUGGUAACAAAGUCGUGAAUUUGUAUAAUUUUAAACACAAAAUGUUAGGAAUUGAUUUAAUUCACACUAAAACCACCUUCACAUUAAUAUUUUCUAUAUCUUGUAGCUAUAAUAUUGAAACAUUGUGUAUUUGAACGUUCACUGUCAUUGUGAGUGCCUCUGUAACCAAAUCGUAAAAAAAAAAAAAAAGAAAAGUAAAUUUAUUUUUGUGCCACAAAUAAUUUAGUCACAAUGUUGAUUGAUCUUGUGCUGAACCUGGUAUAUUCAUCUAAUCACUAGACAUUCAUUAUGAAGCUGAUUUGUUUACUACAUAAUUUAAGCUGCAAAGUCAUUACUCUAUCAUUGAAUUUUUGUUUAAUUAUUAUAACUGAUUCGUUUUUAUUUGUUUUAAUGGUCUGAAUAGCAUGCAGGCUUUUUUGCCACGUCUUAAAAAUACACAGUGCGCAAUAAUGCUUUGUUUGCUUCAUUUAUUCAUUUGUUCUUCAUUAUCUUGGGAAAAAAUAUAGGAAUAGCAAUAUUCUUGAAGGUCAGGGAGGUGUUUUGUUCGUGCAGGAAAAAGAGAUGGGAAAUAGAGAGUCCGAUGG